CGUGUCCACUGAUCCCUGCAUCCUGAUUGGUCGGCUCGCUGCUGCCAGUGCAGUGGUGAGAACGGGUCGUGUUGAUUUCAGAAGUCAUCAUGGCGCUCACUUCUUCACUCAAAGAGCACCGAUACAGACAUCUCAUCGACACACUAAAAGAUGGGAGCAUCAAAUUCUACAAUCCACAUAAAUUAAAUGAUCCAAGAUACGACAAGCUGCCUCUGUCCAUCCGUGUAUUACUGGAGGCAGCUAUUCGAAAGUGUGAUGGCUUUUACACGACAGAAGAAGACGUCCAGAACAUCCUGGACUGGCAGCAGCAGCAGAAUAAAGCCGAGGUGCCGUUCUCUCCUGCCCGAGUCCUCCUCCAGGACUUCACUGGUAUUCCUGCCAUGGUGGACCUGGCAGCCAUGAGGGAUGCUGUUGCCAAACAUGGUGUGGACCCCGGGCUUGUCAAUCCUAAAUGUCCCACAGACCUCAUCGUAGACCACUCUUUACAAAUUGAUUAUAGCAAAUGUGCCAUACAGAAUGCUCCAAACCCUGGUGGAGGAGACGGUCCCAACCAGGCUCCAUCUCGUUCCACAUCCUCUAGACCUCCGUCCAGAGGAGGCUCGCAGUGUGGGAGCCAGCGGGGCUCCUGUAGUAAAGCUGCCUGCAGCGACCCCCCAGCCUCCCCGGGUCGACCUCCAGCUUCUGUCCAACAGAUUGAGAAUACUCCUCUCCUGUGUCCUUUCCACCUGAAGCCUGUCUCUGAACAUGACACAGCUCUGAAGAAUCAGGAAAUGGAACUCAUCAGAAACAAAGAGAGGCUUCAGUUCAUUAAGUGGUGUUCAAAAGCCUUUAAGAACGUGAACGUGGUUCCUCCGGAUGUUGGUGCAGUCCACCAGGUGAAUCUGGAGUACCUCUCCAGAGUGGUCCAGGUCAGCGAUGGUUUCAUCUACCCUGACAGCGUAGUGGGAACUGACUCACACACUACCAUGAUCAACGGGCUGGGCAUCUUAGGCUGGGGUGUUGGUGGAAUCGAGUCUGAAGCUGUGAUGCUCGGUCAGCCAGUGUCUCUAACCCUUCCUGAGGUGGUGGGCUGUAAACUGGUGGGCUCUAUCAACCCUCUAACAACGUCCAUAGACAUUGUCCUCGGCAUCACAAAGCACUUACGUCAAGCUGGGAUCGCUGGAAAGUUUGUGGAGUUUUUUGGCCCUGGUGUCUCCCAGCUGUCGGCUCCUGACCGAACCACCAUCGCCAACAUGUGCCCAGAGUACAACGCUACAGUGAGCUUCUUCCCUGUCGACCAAGUCACACUAACGCACUUUAAAAAAACAAACUUUACAGAGGAAAAACUUGAACUGCUGGAGUCUUACAUGAAGGCUGUAAAACUUUUCAGAAGCUAUGAAGACGCCUCAGAAGACCCCAUGUAUUCGGAGGUGAUAGAGAUCAACCUGAGCUCCAUGGCACCCUAUGUGAGCGGACCCAAGCGGCCUCAGGACAGAGUGGCAGUCAGCAGCAUGAAAGAAGACUUCCAGAGCUGUCUUGAUGAGAAGGUUGGCUUCAAAGGCUUCCACAUCUCGAAGGAGAAGCAGGACCUGCAGGUUCCUUUCCUGCACUGUGGUCAGGAGUAUCAGCUGGCACACGGCUCGGUGGUCAUCGCUGCCGUCAUCAGCUGCACCAACAACUGCAACCCGUCUGUCAUGCUGACUGCAGGUCUACUGGCCAAGAAGGCCGUGGAGGCGGGACUUGUUGUAAAGCCUUAUAUUAGGACCAGCCUGGCUCCUGGAAGUGGCAUGGUCACUCACUACCUCAGUACCAGCGGAGUCCUGCCUUACUUUAACCAGCUCGGGUUUGAGGUCAUCGGUUAUGGCUGUGCCACCUGUGUAGGGAACACGGCUCCGUUACCUGAGGCCGUUGUGGAUGCAAUCAAACAGGGGGACCUGGUGGCCUGCGGUGUGUUAUCUGGUAACAGGCACUUUGAGGGACGCCUGUGUGACUGCGUGCGUGCCAACUACCUGGCCUCUCCUCCGCUGGUUGUAGCUUAUGCUCUCGCUGGCACUGUGGGAAUCGACUUUGAGAAAGAGCCUCUGGGCGUGACCUCAGAGGGGAAGGAGGUGUAUCUACGUGACAUCUGGCCAUCCAGGGAGGAGGUCCAACAGACCGAAGAGGACACAGUCAUCUCUUCUAUUUUUAAGGAUCUCAGGGGAAGGAUGAAGCAAGGGAACACGUUUUGGAACAACAUCGACUGUCCAGAUUCAGUGACUUUCCCCUGGGACCACAAGUCCACAUAUAUCCGUUCACCGUCUUUCUUCAACAAGAUGAGUAAAGAAGUGUCACAUCCUCAGUCGAUAGAGAACGCUCACGUCUUACUGUUCCUCGGGGACAAAGUGACAACAGACCACAUCUCACCUGCCGGCAGCAUCGCCCGGGUCAGCGCCGCCGCCAAGUACCUGCUGAGCAAACGCCUGACACCACGGGAGUUUAACUCAUACGGCGCUCGCAGAGGGAACGACGCGGUGAUGACCAGAGGCACGUUCGCCAGCAUCAAGCUCCAAAAUCGCUUCUUCGGCAAACCAGGCCCUAAGACUUUGCACAUUCCUUCAAGCCAGACACUGGACGUCUACGAAGCAGCGGAACGCUACCAGAGAGACGGCAUUCCCCUCAUCAUCCUGGCAGGAAAGGACUACGGCUCUGGAAACUCCAGGGACUGGGUGGCCAAAGGACCAUACCUGCUGGGGGUACGAGCGGUCAUCGCUGAGAGCUUUGAGAAACUGCACAAGAACCAGCUGGUGGGAAUGGGCAUCAUGCCGCUGGAGUUCCAGCCCGGACAGAAUGCUGACUCACUGGAGCUCACUGGGAAGGAGAGGUUCACCAUCACCCUGCCAGAGAGCCUGAGUCCAAAGCAGCAGCUCACUGUCAAGACAAGCCAGGGAAAGUCCUUCCUCGUCACCGCACAGUUCGACACAGAGAUGGAAGUUAUAUUUUUCAGACAUGGAGGUCUUCUUAAAUACGUUGCUCGGACUUUGCUCUGAAACAGCCUGAAGUCCACGGAUUGUGCCCCCAAACAACAAACAGCAGCACUCAUCACUUCAACAGUCAGUUCUUCAGCAUGGAUGAAAGAACAGCUGAGUGGAGCGACUCGGAGACAUCAGUUCUCGGACCUGUAGCUAAACAGCUUCAUCAUCCCUCACUACACACGGCGGGUUCAGGAUCUCUCCUCACAGUACAGACUAAACAGGCGCAGGAGGACGAGGUGACGUUAGCUCGAGGAGGAGACUCACUCGGCCGUGUGCGACCUUUCAACAGUGUUUUUGUGUUUGAUCGUUGGAGACAGGAUCUGUACGGAGGGAGAACGUCUCCUCUGGACUGGACUCUGUUUCUGCGUCUCUUGUCAUUAAACUACAAAACAACUCUGCCUAGUGAGGCUAACAUGGUGCUAGGUACUACAGCAUGAAUACAUUGUUUUUAGGAUGCAGUAACGCCUGUUUUCCAAACAUCCACGUCAAGUUAAACUUUGUGAAUUUCAAACAUUUGCAGGAUUGAUGUCAGCUUAUUGUGGCCAAACAAUCAUAUGUAAAUUAUUCUUGUGUUUUUGUUCGUAUUUCUUUAAUCUAAUGGCCUUCUGCAAAAUACAAACGUCUCUCAAUACACUCGUUUUUUUCUUACGUGCGAAAUGUGAAGUCCUUUCUUUUUUCUUUUUGCUGCUGUUUCUUGUAUCAAAAAGCUCAAAGAUGUCUCCUACAACUGACGAAAGUCUCUGCGUCACAUUAAAGCUGAGUUACAAAAAUUU